AAGUGCCUUCAAGGGAGAUAAGUACGAGAUGAGAAUGAGAAAACAAAUUUAAAUACUAAUCAAAUGUGUUUUAAGUGACAGCAGCGCCUCCAAAUUCAUUACACGAAAGCUAUCGCGUGCGUAAAACGUGCGCUCCUCUGGAGACUCGGUCGGAGAGAGGGAUGGGAGGAGGAGGACCGUCACGGACCACACGACUCUGCGGUGCCAAAGGUGGCAGCUGCACGCGAGCGAUCGACACAUCGACGCAAACAGUUCAGACCAACUUUGGGGAACCGAUGAGUCGGUUCGAAACUUCGACGCACCCGUAUGCACGGAGUGAACUACCUGUUUACGACGGGAGUUGGACUUAUUGCGGCAAGGAAACCUGUUCAAACUAGUGCACAUCAUGGAGAGUUGGUGCUGUGAUCCGCUUUGUUUUAGUUUCAUCUAUCAGAACAGGGGUAUAUUUUUCCUUUUUGGUUUGUUUGUUUCUCUUGGGUCUCUCUAUUAAAACAUAAAUGGCGUUUGUUGGCGUUUCCCUCCAGAAGUGGUGGGCGAUGGCGGACGACGUGACCGCGCGUGUUCCAACGGUGCGGCCGUCGUGCGGUGUGAGGUCUCUCAUCACGGGUCUCUCACCUGCCCCCCGGUGACCGCUUCGCCCUGAUGGCGUGUCGAGGCAGCGGUUGCUGCUGCGGCGGCGGCGGCGUGGGUCCGCUGAACGAGGACAACGCACGGUUCCUGCUGCUGGCCCUCUUUAUCAUCGUGUAUCUGCUGUGCGGCGCGGCGGUCUUCUCCGCGCUCGAGCAACCCAUGGAGCGCGAGGCAAAGGCGCGGUGGACGCAGAGGUUCGAGCACUUUAGCCUGAAGCACAACCUCAGCAGGAAGGACCUCAGGAACUUCCUGAGGAGCUACGAGGAGGCGAACGUGGCAGGGAUCCGCGUGGACACCAUCCGGCCGCGGUGGGACUUCUCCGGGGCGUUCUACUUCGUCGGUACUGUGGUGUCCACCAUAGGCUUUGGGAUGACCACGCCGGCCACCAUCGGCGGGAAAGUCUUCCUCAUGUUCUACGGCCUCAUCGGCUGCGCCGCCACCAUCCUCUUCUUCAACCUCUUCCUGGAGCGCGUCAUCACGGUCAUCGCCUUCGUCCUCAAGACCUGCCACAAGCGGCGCCAGCACAAGGCCGUGCUCCCGCACGCCGCCCACCACCGCGGCUCCGAGGGCAGCGCCGGCGUCGGCGUCGGAGGAGGAGGGGGCGGGGGUGUUGAGAGAGAUGCGGGCGGGAGAGGCGAGGGUCUAGCUGGCUGGAAGCCCUCCGUCUACUGCGUGAUGCUGAUCCUGGGCGUGGCCGCCGUCGUGGUGUCGUGCUGCGCGUCCCUGAUGUACUCGGCCGCCGAGGGCUGGGCCUACCUGGACUCGCUGUACUUCUGCUUCGUGGCCUUCAGCACCAUCGGCUUCGGGGACAUGGUGAGCAGCCAGCGGCUGGCCUACGAGGGCCACGCCACCGCCGCCUACCGGCUGGGCAACUUCCUGUUCAUCCUGACGGGCGUGUGCUGCAUCUACUCGCUCUUCAACGUCAUCUCCAUCGUCAUCAAGCAAGUGCUGAACUGGCUGCUAGGCCGGAUGGAGGCCGCCUGCCACUGCUGCGGCUGCCUCCCCGGCUGGGGCUGGGGGGGUGCGGGUGGCGGGGUGGGAGGUGGAGGAGGGCCCCACCGCCCCCACCGCCACCCCAGGAGGAACGUGGUGGCCCCGGGGCACCUGAGGGCCAGGAGGGAGCUCUCCAUAGAGACGGACGUGGCCAACGAGAGCGAGACCGACACGGGCCGCCGCAUGUCCGGCGAGAUGAUCUCCAUGAGGGACUUCUUGGCAGCCAAUAAGGUGAAUCUGGCCCUCAUGCAGAAGCAGCUGUCGGAGAUGGCCAACGGACACCCGCGGCCGUCGGGGUCCAGCUCGCGGCAGAACGGCUUCUCCGGUGGUGUCGGGGCCCUGGGCAUCAUGAACAACCGCCUGGCAGAGACCAGCGUGGACAGAUAGAGACCCAGAGGGGGGGGGGGGACGGAGCACACUUCACAGAUGGGAUGUACAAAAAAGGGAAAGACAAGAUUGUAUUGUCCCAACCAGCCGCUGACUUUGGGAGGGAGGGAGACGAGGGGAGACGAGGGGAGCUGAGGGGGCGAUGGGAGUAAUUGAAAAAUUAGCCAUUGGUGUGGACGUGGUGAAUAUAAGAACAAAUAACUACGCUUGUCCUUCCACUGCUUGACACUGAGGAGCCUUGUGACCUGCCUCACGCUGCUCUGCUUGUAGAAUCCAACAUGGACGGCUCAUACAGGCUCUGCGAACACGGUCUGUGAACGCCUGGAUGAGCACACCUGGAUCCGGAAUGUUGUGUCUUUAAGGAUUCUGUUUCCAUGGUGAUAAAUAUAUAUAUAUAUAAAUAAAAUAAAAGAUGCCUGCAGAAGCCCUUGCGUCUGAGCUGUACAGACUGGAUGACGCAAACAUUAAGAUUAGAAACAUACUCUGAAAAUUGUUAUCUAUGUUACUCUCUGUAUCCACUAACCAAUAAAACGUCUAAUAAAUGGCGAUGUUAAGCAGUAUCUUAUAAACACAAAUGAGGAAUAUUUUUCCCUCAACAAUAUCAAGCAUCGAUUUAGGGUGGGGUGAAUGGAACGAUUAACACACAGAUCGCACUCACGUGAGAGUACAGUUGUGCAGCCUAGAGAGCUCACUCAGGACUCUACUGGACAGGUGCGUGCGAGCCAAAGGGCUCCAUUAUCCUCCCUUCGUAAACUACCAGGAAAUCAGACCGAAGGUCACACCAUCUUCCCUUGUUCUGAAAAGCUAACCUAGCACCGAGAACACAGAAACACACACAGAGAAGGACCCAUUCUUGGUCUAGUUAGUGGCACAGAAGACGAUAUUCCAAUGCAAAGCGAGACUUAUUGUACGAAACACUGCACUUUGCUGUUCUGCUUCACUGUACAUUAAUGAGGGGUCACAGUGUUGCAUAUGGCUCAGUUAUCAGGCUCAUGUUCUCCAUGUCUGGACUUUCUAUUAGGGGGCCUCUUCCACCAGCUCACGUUACGAUAAAAGUGGUUAAAUAUGUUUCCCACCAUCGUAAAAUGGUUCCGAUUCUAUUAAUCUAGUUGAGUCUUUAGAUACAUACAUAAUCAAUAGCGAGGGCAGUACAUUGAUAAUACUUCAAGAAAUUGUCUUGUAUUAAUAUGAAUCACACUACAGCAAAGGUGAUGGAAGUUGGAAGUACAGUCCUAUGAUUAGCAACCAGCACACUGCCCUGACAGCAGGAAUAAAGAAGAUGUAAUAUCAUAUGUCCUAACCUGAACAAUCACAUAUUCAGCAAACCGUUUCCAUGCAUAUAAUAAGGCUACAAUGUUGUCUGUAAUUGCUUACUAAUAAUAGACAAUGAGGGUAAUUGUAAUUAAUUCUCCAUUAAGGCAUCUGUGAAUCGCUUCUUUCAAGCUGUCAAACCCGAUCAUUACUAGCAGUGUUUCCUUCCUUCAUGAAUCCAGUGGCAAAGCCCCGCCACUCGACAACUGGCAUCACUGUAAUCAGCCAUGCAAAUUUAAUUGAAUAAAUGCAUAUAUAGUAUCGCAA